AAAAAAAGGACAUCAGUGACGUGUAUUUCUUAGUUAUUGCCUUCAAUGGUUGAUCUCACUUUUUAACCGAUUAUUCAAGCUCAUGGGUGUAAGCUAUCAGAUUUGUGUACUAUUAAUAUUCACAGUCUAACAUCAUUAAGAGGCAUAUUAGACUUCUGCUUAAGCUAGCUAUGAAUUAAUCUGCUUCUUGAGGUCAAGUUUUAACUCUAAUGGUAGUAAACGACUCGCGGACUGUUCUGAUAUUGAGCAAUGGUUUUCUAAAAAGUGCAGUCGAGGUUGCUCCUCUAUCAGUACAUUCACUGUAUAUCCAUUAAUUUACUGCAGGGAGGUCUCACUUACAGAAUGGGACAUGUAUUUUGGAACUGGAAUUAUGUUUUAUGGGGAGGGGUCUGGUGGGAUCUAAACCUUGAUGAACAUCCCAUUAAGCAUUCUAUUUUCCCUGCUAUUGCCUGGGGAUAGAUUAAGCCUUUCAUAAUCUCCUCUCCUCUCUCUUUUUCUCUUUCCUUGUAUUCUUUUAUUUUUCUUUCUUUUCCUUGUUCCAUUGUUAUGAAUGCAUUGGUCCUAAUUAUAGUUUAAACUAAAGGCUGACUUUCCUUCAGAAAUCAAUCAGUAUCUACCUUUUAUGGAAUUCAUUGGUUCAUUGUUUUUGCACCUGAUGGAGGAUAUUACCCUCUUGAUAGUCAUUCAGUAUUCUUCUCUUGCCUGUCUUUGUUUGUAUUGGUAAAAUUUAGUCAGCCUUUUACUGAAAAUUGACAUUGGAACUCCUUGGCCAUUUCUCAUGGAACAAGUUCAAUUGAGAUAUUCUUUACUCUGGAAAUCCUCUUGGCCUUUCAUUUUGGUUCAGCCUGUCCACAUUUUUCUUCUUUCUUUUGCAAAUGCUUCCGGCUUCUGUGGUUCCAUCAGAGUUGCAGCGCCAGAUUAUCUUCCUAGAAAUAUAAGAUGCCGAGAACAAGGGCCAGUGCUGCAGCUAUUAAAUCUGAACCUGAGAAACCUGUUGAGACCGAAGAGCAUGUUGACUUUGAAGGUGAUAAUGAAGAAGAGGAAGAGAUUGAGUAUGAAGAGGUAGAAGAAGAGGUGGAAAUGGAAGAGGAAGAAGAAGAGGAGGUCGAAGAGGAGGUGGAAGAAGAAGAAGAGGAGGAGGAGGAGGAAAAUGGAAGUGAUGGAACUGGUGAAGGAAAGGGGUCAGAGGAUGUAAAAAUGAAAGUUGAUGCAGAUGCUGAGGAUAUGGAGAAAAAGCAUGCUGAGCUCCUCGCCCUUCCUCCUCAUGGUUCAGAAGUGUACAUAGGUGGUGUUACUCAUGAUGUUUCUGAGGCAGAUGUGAGGGAAUUUUGUGAGACAAUUGGGGAAGUUACAGAGGUAAGAAUAAUGAAAGGGAAGGACUCAACUCAGAACAAAGGAUAUGCAUUUGUUACCUAUAGAAACAAGGAAUUGGCAUCCAAGGCUAUUAAAGAGCUCAACAACACUGAGCUGAAGGGAAAAAGGGUCAAAUGUUCUCCAGCUCAAGCUAAACAUAAGUUAUUCAUUGGUAAUGUUCCUAGAACCUGGGGAGAGGAAGACAUGAGGACAGCUGUAACAAAUGUAGGGCCUGGGGUUAUUACUAUUGAGUUAGUGAAGGAUCCUCUGAAUUCCGGUAAAAAUCGUGGAUUCGCUUUUAUAGAAUAUUACAAUCAUGCAUGUGCAGAGUAUUCAAGACAAGAGAUGUCAAAUUCAGAUUUUAAGCUUGAUGAUAAUGCACCAACUGUUAGCUGGGCUGAUCCCAAAAAUGCUGAAACUGCUUCUUCACAGGUUAAGGCAGUGUAUGUGAAGAACUUGCCCAAACACAUUAACCAAGACAAGCUAAGAGAGUUGUUUGAACAUCAUGGGAAAAUUACGAAAGUAGUUCUUCCUCCAGCUAAACCAGGGCAAGAACAGAGCAGAUAUGGCUUUGUUCACUUUGCUGAUAGGUCAAGUGCUAUGAGGGCCCUGAAGAACACUGAGAAAUAUGAAAUAGAUGGGAAAAUUCUGGAGUGUUCACUUGCAAAGCCUCAGGUAGAUCAAAAAUCUUCAGGAGGAUCAAGCUCACAAAAGGGAGCCACACUUCCAACUUACCCUCCUCGUAUUGGAUAUGGCAUGAUGGGAACCCCUUAUGGUGCGCUAGGUGCAGGUUUUGGUGCAGGAUAUGGUGGUCCAGGUGUAGCCCAACCAAUGGUUUAUGGAAGAGGAGCUACACCUGGUGGUUUGGCAAUGAUGCCGAUGCUUUUACCUGAUGGAAGGAUUGGAUAUGUCCUGCAACAACCAGGAGUUAUGCAUUCUCCUCCUCCAACAUCACGAGGUGGACGUAGUGGAGGCAGUUCAAGUGACGGAAGGCGGGGUGACAGUGGUGGAAGAGGGCGUCCCCGUUACAACCCAUACUAGGUGUAAAUGAACGCCGUUGAUGUUAUAAAGCACAAUGUUUGCUGCAACUUUGACAAUUAAGCUAUUUGACUGAUGUAUCUGUAGCCUGUUUAAAGAAUUGACUCUCAUCUCUACUCUCUUUGACAAAUUCUGU